GCAUCAGCUGGUGCAUUCCCCCCUCCACCGCCCCCUUGCCUCUCUUAUAUAGUUCCCUGAGUGUCCACCUGAUACCAACUGAGACUCCUGAACCGUACAGUCCACACCCAACUUUUCUGAGCAACAGAGAAGCAGAUUUCCAUCAUGAGCUAAUCCGAGGAAGGACAGAAGCAGUGAGUUCACCAGGAAUGCUCUGGAAAAAGUUCUCCCAAAACUGAAAUGCCAUUUCACCUGGAACUUAUUCAGGGAAGGAAGUAUCUCAAAUCAUAUGGAAGAUAGAGUGUGUAACCAGAUUGAGCUUUUAAACUCCGAGUACAAAGCCACAAUGUACAACUUGUUGGCCUAUGUCAAAUACCUAGAUGGUGAAAACGAGGCAGCCCUGGAGUGCUUAAGGCAAGCGGAAGACUCAUUGGAGCCAAAACAGGAUGAUGAAGCAGAAAUUAGACGUCUGGUCACCUGGGGGAACUAUGCCUGGAUCUACUAUCACAUGGGCCAGUUCUCAGAAGCUCAGGCUUAUGUGGACAAGGUGAGGCAUGUGUGCAAGAAGUAUGCAAACCCUUACAGCAUGGAGUGUCCAGAACUUGACUGUGAGGAAGGGUGGACACGCCUAAAGUGUGGAAGGAACGAAAGGGCUAAAAUGUGUUUCUUAAAGGCCCUAGAAGAGAAGCCUAGUGAUCCAGAAUGUUCGUCUGGGCUUGCAAUUGCCACGAGCCGUCUAGACGAGCAACCAGAGAAGCAGUUCUCUGUGGAUGCUCUGAAGCAGGCCAUGGAGCUGAAUUCUAAGAAUGAGUAUGUUAAAGUUCUCUUGGCCCUGAAACUGCAGAAAAUGGGAGAAGAAACUGAAGGAGAGCAGUUGAUUGAAGACACCCUGAGAAGAGCUCCCGAUCAAACAGAUGUACUGCAAAAGGCAGCCCAGUUUUACCAGAAAAAGGGUAACCUAGAUAGAGCUAACAACUUUCUUGUAAGAGCACUGAGAUCCACAGCAAACAACGCUCCCCUCUACUGCUUGGUCAUGUGCCGUUACAGGAAAGAGCUGGAGCAACUGCAGAAAACAGGAAAUGCUGAAACCAGUGCCAGCGUAGAGAAGAUGGAAGGACUCAGGAGAUUAACAAUGGAGUACAUGCAUCAGGCUCUGCAGAGGAAGCGAAGUCCUCUGAAUUCCUACUCAGAUCUCAUGGAUUACCCAGAAGUAGAACGAUGCUGUCAGUUGGUCUUCAGCACGGAGAGCCCCGGUGCUGAGGAACAACAACUCUACCAGCGCUAUUGUGACCUCCAGGAAUAUCACCGGCAGUCUGAAGGGCUCGCAGCCCUGAAGGCUUUCCUGCGUUCCUGCAGUCUCACAGAAACAACAUGCAUUGAGACAGAAGAGAUGAAACAGCAAGCAUAGGUCGCGGAUGAAAACCUGUAGUGGCAAAAUGCGCUGGAUUCUUGACCUCUCCGGGGAAUAAAUCAGAAACUGAGUGGGGGGACACUCCUUGGGGGCUCAAGCAGCCUUUUCUUGACAGCAUCUGAGCCUGAGGACAACAGGAAGUGUGCCAGAGUGCAGGUGCUCGACUCUGCACUGCCUGAGAGAAGUGUGUUGCGGAAUGGUGCCUACCGGGUGUGGAGAGGCAGAAAUCCUCCUGUCAAGUGUUGAUGAACAGGCUUCUCUUGCUUAAUUGUGCUACAAACAUUUUUAAAGAACCACUUUCUCUUCCUGACUCCCCUGUCCAUCCUAGCUGUAUAAUUUCCCAGCCAACAGGUCUUAUCACGGAUCACCCAGGGAAACAGGACCCCAGGCUCACAUAGCACUUUUUAAUCACUAUUUUUGUCCUGUCAUGUAUGGCAACUGCCAGCAAAAAUUAGUCUUAUUUCUUCAUUCCCUUUCAGUGUAGCCAGCCAAACCUGAAAGAUUAGCUUUUGCCUAACCCUAGAAUAUUCUUUGCUCCUUAUUUUUUAAUUCAGGCUUGAGUUUGUGUGUAUUCCUGACAAUAUCCCAUGCUAACUGUGUAUGACAAACUGGAAUGCUAUAAUAAAUCGAAGUUUCAACUCA